CUCUGGAGUCGAAAGAGCUCAUUGAUUUGGAAAGAAGAGCUGGUCCAGUCACGAGUGUAGCAGCAGGUGAAAGAGAGACUUGUGACAGGUCAUAAUGCUGAUACUCUUCAAGAAGAAAAAAUGCUGUUGUGAAAAAAAUUCACACAGCCGAGUUGGAAUUUUUUUGUUCGAUACUAAUAUAGCAGCAAGAUGGAAAAUUCAUUAAAGGAAACAUUCAAAAAAACUAUGUUAUCCUGUAGAUGGGUAGAACAUUUGUCAAGACCUUUAGUGUGUGCUCGUUAGAUACACGGACGAAGACCAAAGAAGAAAAUAAACCCCACAUUUGAUGGCUGAAAUGAAAUUAAAGAAACCGAUUUCAGAAUUAAUCUAGAGUAAUACAAAUGCAUCUUUCAAAAAUCUUGAAGUAAUUGAAUAAGUUGAUUCUGAUUAAUUUGAUAAACCUAUUAUAUUCAAAAUACGUGAAUUUAUAUUUUACAGGGAUCGACCGUUUCAUUGAGAAAUUGGUAGCAAUCAAUACCUUGCAAAAUAUUGCUUUUUAAAAUCAUACCAUUAAUCACCCUGCUAAGUCUUUUGAAAUUUUCUUGUGGCUCUACUAUUCUGUAACUAAACGAACUUGCAGCUAUAGUUGCAAAUCUUUGAAUAAGUCCAAUGUCUUCCCUUUGUUUCAUCUGUGAACUUCCGAUUCUAAGCCAUCAAACAAACGGUUUAUGGCCACCUGCUUCUCCUUGUGAAGAAGCCCUUGAAGAUGGCCUAGUUCUCUCGGUUCCUGAUACCACUGCAGUUGGUUCCACUUACCACGAAGAUUGUCUUGUUUGUAAUACGUGUGGUCUUCGAUUGGCUGGCUCGCACAUCUCAAGAGCUAGAAGAUUCCAAAAUAAAAUUUACUGCUCCCUUCAUUACGCAGAUGUGUCAGGACUCAGCAGUGGAGAUGAGUUCAUGCAAAAGCUUCGAGAUUAUAAAAGACAGAGUUUGGGUUGUGCUGAAGCUCGUAGAAAAAGCUCAACCACUUUGCAGUUUCCGAUCCCUGUUCAAGCAUGCCCAGGUAAUGGGCAAUGUGAAGGGUUUCCGCACACUAUCAAGGUGAUUCUUGGAUAUUGGAUCGAAUGCAGUGGGAGUAACAACAACUCAAAUGAUAGUUUGACUGUUAACUACUCAGCGCAGGAUUUGGAAAAGAAGUUCGAGUUGAUUUCUGUGGAAGAAGAAACGUAUGAAAAAUACUUCUACGGAACAGAACACUGGAACUAUUUUACCAACGAUGAAGCACUUGGACCAGUUAUCUUGAGCAUAAAGCAAGAAAAUGUGUAUAACAGGGAUCAAUUUAGUUCCUGCGGUAAAUUGGAAUCGGUGCCCGAGGCAGGGACUGAUAGUACUUCAUCUACAAAAGAUGGCAAUCAAUUUAACCAUCGCACUGGACGACUCGAGGCCGAUCUGAGAGUUAUGUUACGGACUGUGAGUUAUUGUCUUCAUGGACUCGUACCUGCUUCAUGCAUCUGCGCCGAUCGCUACGAUCGAGAGGCAGUUGUCAAGGCUUUAGGGGAUGAAGCUGGCCUCAAACCACCGUUGGUUUUAGGUCAGCUAUCAUCCACUCCCGACGAGCUAUUGAAAUUGGACCAGGUAUUCAUAAAGACAGAACUCAAAGUAGGAGUUAUUCUUGUCAGAGAAGGGCAACAAAGUGAAGAACAAAUUUUAGAUAAUCAAUCACACACGCCUCUCUUUGACGAAUUUCUCUCAAUACUUGGAGAUAGAAUCCGAUUGAAAGGUUUUGAUAAAUACAAAGGUGGUUUGGAUUCGGUUCAUGAUCUAACAGGAACAGAAUCUGUUUACACAGCUUGGAGAGGGAUAGAAAUCAUGUUCCAUGUAUCAACUAUGCUGCCUCAUGAAGAACAUGACCCUCAGAAGCUGCAAAAGAAAAGGCAUAUAGGCAAUGACAUCGUCUGCGUGGCCUUCAUGGAAGCUGAUGAUACACUUUUUUCUCCCACUUGUAUCAAAUCUCAUUUCCUGCACACUUUUAUUGUUGUUAAAACUAGUCCAUCAAAUAAAACAUCACCAACAUCAUAUGAGGUGUCUGUUGUGUCUAGAGAUGAAGUUGGAGCUUAUAAGCCAUACCUUUGGCAUCGGUCAAAGUUUACAAAAGAUUCACUUUUCCGUGAAUGGCUUCUGACGAAGAUCGUAAAUGGAGAAAGAGCAAGUUAUUCUGCUCCUAAAUUUGCGAGAAUGCAGGACAGAACAAGGAGUCAGAUGCUUGAAGACAUAGUCACAAAUUUACAGAAUCACGUGGAAACAGGACAGAUACCUAAGCCAUACAGACGAGGUUCGUGGCGUCCGAUAGGUCACAUGAGGCCAUCUAGUCCGUUAUUAGAUAGCGUCCGCGAUACGUUUGAAGGUUUCGAACAACUUGCCCGAGACUUCGGGAGAGCUUUUCAAAACAACAGACAUCUGUGCGACGUCAUCUUUAACGUUGGCCAAGGCAAAGAAAAAACAAGAGUGUAUGCAGUACGAGCAAUAUUAGGAGUAAGAAGCAGAGUAUUCUUGGAAAUGUUAUAUGGUUUUACAACUGGAUAUGGCCCUUGUAUGGUUGCACAAGGAGAAUCUCAAAGAAAAGACAGUAUAUUCGGAUCAAUCAAGUCGAGCAAUUUUUUGCAGGUUCCGGAUCCUCAUGAUACAGUCCGCUCCAAAGCACCCUCUUCUAGUCCGACCGUCUUCCGCUAUUUCUCUCGCCUUGGUAACUGGGCCGGAUGGGGUAUGGGGAGUCGUUCCAAAAGUCCUCUCACCGCGGAUGCAGGACUCAAACGUUGGCAGAGUGAGUUUGAUUGUAAAGAGAAAGAAAAAGAGCGCAGGCAAUCAGUUGCUGCUGCUGAAGUGACCCUAAGUAUGUGUGCGGAUGCAGGAAAAGUCGACAGGGCCAAACUAAGCCAAACGGAGUUCAAUAUUAUAGAGUUUGACAGUGAAACUUUCAUGAUUCUCAUGGAAUACCUGCAGAGCGGGUCUUGUCCAUUAACAUGCGAAACCAUUCCGGGUCUGAUAUGCGCUGCGGAACAUUAUGAUCUUCCAGAGCUUCUACAAGCGUGUUUUCAUCAUGCGAAACAACAUUUUCGAUUGUCUGUGGUUUGUUCGAUGCUGAACAUGUUGGAAAAUUACUAUUGGAGAUAUAAUUCAGCUUCAGAAUUGGUAAAUGCUAUCUUGCACUUCAUAGAUUCCAGAGCAUCUCAACUAUUCAACAGAAGAGAAUAUCUAGAAUUGUCUGAAUCUAUGUUCCAGAUGAUAUUAGGUAGAGAUCUAAAUAUUUCAGAGGUCACCAAAUUCCAAGUAAUGCUACAGUGGGCAAAUUACAAAAUUGAGAUGUCUACAAGUGUUGAUCCAAGAGAACUGGAAUGCAUAAUGAAUAGAUUAACAAGAGAUUUGAAAUUGCAGAAAAUCCCUCCACAAGAACUAAUUAGGGUUAUUUUGCCUACUAAGACAAUCAGUAACCAGCGCAUUUUGGAAACACUCUUAUAUCAAGCAGACACUGGAAUGUACCGUAUCCAACAGUCCCACAUAGAAGAAUGCCGUGCCCGCACAAAAGCUGAAAAUAGUGAAUCUCUUUCCUGGGAUAUCCUGGAAACAAAAAUCUGCGACACUGAGUGAUAAAUAUUUCCUGGUUAUAUGAAUAUCCUUUGAUAACUGGGUAUUCAUCAAAAGUGAAUGAAUUAUUGUCAACCACACACCAAUUUUGUCACUAAAUGAAUAAUUUCGUAAUUAUUUUAGACGAGUAAGAAACUCAUCUAAAAUAAUGAAGAUGAUUUUAUUUUUAUGCUGGAGUAACAGGUGACGAAGCUAAAUGGUGCUCUAACAUGAUAGUUAUUGACAGUCCUGUACUAAAUACACAAAAUAUUGGCUUUUAUUUUUACAGACACACAUCAACCAAUGAAAUACAUGAUCUUUAGUCCAAAUUUUUAUAUACAGAGAUAAAAAGGGUGGUACAUUUUCACUGCAGAUACCCAGUGCAUUUAUAUAAAAAGAUUACAGGAAACUCGACGUUUACUAUACGAAAGUUAUUUAUCUUUACAGUAUGAGGAAUCACUAAGAGUAUUACUCCGUAUAACAUAAACUCGCAGUUAUUUUUUAAAUAAAAUAUUCAUUAAAAAGAUUUGAUAAGCUUAAAAACAUUAUAUCUCCUUUAUAAAUGUGUACAAACAAAAAAAAAUUCUUAUACUUUCUUUUGGGAAGUUCUACUUAUGUGUACAAACAAGAAAUCCCGUGCCUAUCACAUAAAAGUGCAAUUUCAAAACGCAUUUUUAAAGAAAAUUCUUCAUUUGCAAAAUCAGACAGGAAGGAAUGAAAAAGUGCACUUUAAGAGAAAAUUUUAUAUAAUAGUAAAAUAAUCUCUGAUGCCAUUAUUUUAUUCCAAAAAAAGGGAAAAAUCUAUUCUUUGAAAAUUUCUAUUUUCAUAUUUUUUAACAAAUAAAGAGCAAUUUCUUCAAUAAUUAAGUCAUUUAACUUCGUUAGUACUGUGAUUUGGAAAUUGGUAUUAUGUGAUCGAAUGACAUUCGAUAAUUGAUUUAAUAUGGACAAGGUGGAGGAAAUAUAGCAUUAACUAUCAAACAUUGUCCAUAAAAAUGAAAUAAAAUGCAACCUAAAAUUUCUAUAAAAUAAAUCAUCUUUUUUAUUAAAGAUAUAAAUAAAUCAAAUAAAUUAAAAUAAGAGAACUGCAUUUCAUUUUUGCUUUUCAAUUUUAAUGCAUUGCAUUUCUGAAUAUUAAACGAUCACUUACAUUUCCUUAGCAUCUUUUUACUUUCAUUAAUUUUUCAGUGGUAAUAUAUGUCAAAGCAUGAUUUAUUUAGCAGGAUUAUCAUCUUUAACACUUCAAUCAAUAAUCAAUAUUACAAUCGAUUCUAAUAUCACAACUUUUAGUUUUGCAUGUUUGCCGUACCAUAAAAUAUCUCAUAUAGAACUUGCACAAAGUUUUAUUUUUUGUCUCCUGAUCUUGCACACGGGAAUGAAAUUUUAGAAUCUUUUCUUAUAUUUUGAGCUCACCGCCUUCACACCUGUUGCACCUGCUUAGAUCCAGCACUGCUUUUUUUCUAAGAAUAUAUUUAAGCUUUGGGGAUUCAAAAAUGCAUUCUCAUAUUAGGAAAGAGAUGAUAUACAAAUAAUUUGGAAACGAGAAAUUUUAAAUCGGUCCAAAUAAUACUAAAUAAUAUUUCCAAAAGAAAUCGAUUUGGAAUCUACUCAGAAGAAAAUUAUUUUUAAAUAUCAAAUCAUUAAUUGACAUUAAAUUUCAAACAUUAUACCUUUAAAUUUAUGUCUGCAAUAUCAAUGCACAGUGAUUCGUUUGGAGCAGUCUUUCUCUAAAAAAAUCAAACAUCCGGUGAAAAUAAUGAUUUCGUUAAUAUUAUCCUUUGCUCAUUCUAUUCUAACGUCUUUAUGUUAAACUUUUACAGAAAUGGAAAAGUCAAAUUUUAUAUUAUAAACUGUCCUUAUCUUAGAAGUUUCGCUGUAUGAAAAUAUGCGUUUUUUAAAUGACAAUAUUCAUUCAUAUUUUCUGUUUUAAUGAAUUGUUUUGAUGUGUAUUAUAUAAAAAAUAUUUUUUGUUUAUUUUUUCUGAAUAUCAACUUUCAAAUAUCCUGUUGAACAACUUCUUUAAUUUAAUUUAUUUGCUAGCCUCUCGUACCCUGAUGCAAUAACGAUUUAUUCGAUUAAUUUUUUUUUUCAAAUUGUAUUAAUUAAGGCUAUUUAAUGAAAACUUGCC